AAGUAGUAUUACUUAUAGUAAAACUGUAAAAUCUGUUAUCGUUAUUUCUUAUCAGGAAAACAUUUAAAGCAUGUACUAAGUUGCAUUGCAAUUCAGUGAAAUAUUUCGAACUGAAUAAUUAUAAAGUGAAGUUAAAUGAUCGAAGAAUUUUAAUUAAACUGGUACAACAAGGAAGUGUCUAGAAACUAUUUGUUAUAACAAUGAAUUGGGCAAAUUUAAAUCGGUACGGUUUUCGAUUGGCUGACAAUCUGUUAAUCAGCCGUACGCAGCAUAUAAAAGAUCGUGUUCUUCAAGGACUAUCAGAAGUCUUCCAAGAUUCAAAUCCUAACGUGCAUUUUUCAACCACGUGUCGUACACUUAAACUCCACAUGCCUGAAAUAAUUUAUAAGAAUGUCUGGGAAACAGAUCCAGAACUUUUUGAAUUAAUGAAAAAGGAAAGAAAGAGGCAAGAGUCUGGUCUUGAAAUGAUUGCUAGUGAAAAUUUUACAUCUCUCAGUGUUUUGCAAUGUUUAAGUUCUUGUCUUCACAAUAAAUAUAGUGAAGGCCUUCCUGGUCAGAGAUAUUAUGGAGGAAAUGAAUACAUUGAUGAAAUUGAAUUGUUGGCACAAAAACGUGCUUUGGAAGCAUUUGAUUUAAAUCCUGAAGAAUGGGGUUGUAAUGUGCAACCAUAUUCAGGAAGCCCAGCUAAUUUUGCUGUCUACACAGGUUUAAUUGAGCCUCAUGGUCGUAUAAUGGGUUUAGAUCUUCCUGAUGGAGGACAUCUUACACAUGGUUUUUUUUCUGCAACUAAAAAGGUUUCUGCAACAUCAAUAUUUUUUGAAUCAAUGCCAUACAAAGUUAGUCUUGAUACUGGUUUGAUUGACUAUGAUAAGUUAGCUCAGCAAGCAAGUUUAUUUAAGCCUAAAAUUAUAAUAGCAGGUGUUUCCUGUUAUAGUAGAUGCUUAAACUACAAGCGAUUCAGGGAAAUAGCAGAUGAGAAUAAUGCUUAUCUAUUUAGUGACAUGGCUCAUGUAUCAGGAUUAGUCGCAGCUAAAUUAAUUCCUAGUCCAUUCGAAUAUAGUGAUGUUGUAUCUACUACAACUCAUAAGACUUUAAGAGGACCUCGUGCUGGUGUUAUAUUUUUUCGUAAAGGAGUCAGAAAAAUUGGAAAAGAUGGUCAACAAAUUAUGUACGAUUUGGAAGAUAAAAUUAAUCAGGCUGUAUUCCCAGGACUACAAGGUGGACCUCACAAUCAUGCAAUUGCAGGCAUAGCUACAACAAUGAAACAAGUUAAAUCACCAGAAUUUCUUCAGUAUCAGAAACAAAUUAUAGCUAAUGCUAAGAGACUAUGUUCAAGACUUCAGGAGCAUGACUAUAAAAUCAGUACAGGUGGAACUGAUGUUCAUAUGUUUCUUGUAGAUUUACGAAAUAAAGGCAUUACAGGAGCUAAAGCAGAAAAGAUUUUGGAGAGUAUCUCCAUAGCUUGCAAUAAAAACACAGUGCCUGGUGAUAAAAGUGCAUUGAAUUGCAGUGGUAUCAGACUUGGUACACCUGCAUUAACCACUCGUGGUUUAGUUGAAAAAGAUAUUGAUAAAGUUGUUGAUUUUAUACACAGAGGGCUAUUACUUGCUAAGGAAGUGUCUAACAUUUCUGGUCCUAAACUUAUUGACUAUAAAAGGGUAUUAAAUACCGAUGUCAACAUAAAGGCAAAGGUUACAGCUUUAAGAGAAGAAGUUGAAACAUUUUCUAGGCAAUUUCCUAUUCCCGGUUUUGAAGAAUAUUGAUGGUAUAAUCUUGUUAUGACAUUAUAAAUAUUUACUUACAUGACUUUUUGUAUUGCAUUCAUUUUUUAUUAAUUUUGUAAAAAAGAAUAAAAUAUGUUUAAAGGAA